CCUAUCCCAGGCUGCGUGAAUGCACCCUCUGGGAGGUGGGUGCAAGCACUCCCGUGCCCGAUGGGCUGUUGGACUGUCUGGUGGUGCCGUGGCGAUGCUGCCAGUGCACGCGAGGGGCUGGUGUGAGGGCGUUCGCAUCAGUCUGCUUUCCUUCAUUUGUCCUGUUUGCAUGACAAGGAAACUGCUGCUUUGUGCACCGUGAAGGGGAAGAGGGCCUUUAAAGAGAUGCUGGCGUGAUUCUUAAACUGAUGCUUCUGGACUGUGCCUACUGUUCUGCUACUCUGCCCUCUCACAAGUAUACUUCAGCUGGCCCGCGCCGAUUCAGUGGUGCUCAGUGGCACAUGCAGAACGUCCUCAAAGACUCUGUGGAGAGCUCCGAUGAUGAGUUCUUCGAUGCGCGAGAAGAGAUGGUGGAGGGAAAAAGUGCCAUUCUCAUAGGCAUGAGCCAGUGGAACUCAAAUGACCUUGUUGAGCAGAUAGAAACAAUUGGGAAGCUGGAAGAAAAUCAAGGUGAAGAGUCUGCAUUUUGCUCAUCUGGCUUUCUACAGGAAAAACAACGUGAAUUAUAUAGAGCAUCUUUAAGAAAACAAAGGGUCCCAGCACAAGGCAGCCUUGAAAUACAGGAGGACAGCGAGGAAGGAGUUCAACAGCAGAACUGCAAAACUCAUGUGCUAAUUUUGAUCCUACAUGGGGGGAACAUCUUGGACACUGGCAGUGGAGACCACAGCAGCAAGCUAGCAGACAUCAACACCUUCAGUUCUGUGUUUGAGAAGGUGACACGAGCCCAUUUCCCUGCUGCUUUGGGCCACAUCUUAAUCAGACUUGUUCCCUGCCCAGCAAUCUGUUCAGCAGCUUUCUCUCUUGUUUCUAAUCUAAAUCCCUACAGCUACGAUGAGAACUGUCUCAGCAGCAGUGAAGACCACAUCCCACUGGCUGCCUUGCCCUUGCUGGCUGUUUCAUCCCCUCAGUACCAGGAUGCCAUUGCCAUGGUGAUCAGUAGAGCCAAUCAAGUUUACAAUGAAUUUCUCAAAUCUACAGAUGGGGCUGGUUUUAAUGGACAGGUGUGUCUCAUUGGUGACUGCAUUGGAGGAAUUUUGGGCUUUGAUGCCAUCUGCUCUAAUUCUAAUACAGCUGAUGAGAGUCGGAACAGCAGCAGGAGAGGAAGCACCAGCAGCAUCCAGGUCCUGCAUCCAUGGAACAGGAUGAGCAAGACCAUUAAUGUUGUAAUGGGCAUUUUGUACCCACAGGAUAAUCCCCUCUUAGCAGAGGACUCCAGUCUGGGUGGCAGCAAACGCCUGAGCAAAAGCAAUAUUGACAUCUCGGGAAUCAUGGAGGAUGAGAAGCCAGUGCAGCCGUUGCCUAGGAAACAGAGUGACUCAUCCACCUAUGACUGUGAUACUAUAACCCAACAUCAUGCUUUCCUGUCUAGCAUCCACUCAAGUGUGUUGAAAGAUGGUGCAGACUUUCCUCCUGUGAGUUCCAGUCUCUCAGAAGUAAACUUGGGCCGAUUUGAAUUCGAGGUGUCUGAUUUCUUCCUCUUUGGAUCGCCACUUGGUUUGGUGCUGGCCAUGAGGAGUACUGUUCUGCCUGGCCUGGAUGCUCUCACUUCCAUCCUCCCUCUGAUAUCCUGCAGGGAGCAUGCUUUGAGAGCAGUUCAACUGACCGGCAUUUCAAACACAUUCCAAGUAUGCCAGGUCCGCCCAGCCUGCAGCCAAGUGUACAGUUUCUUUCACUCUGCUGACCCCUCUGCCUGCAGACUUGAACCGCUGCUGGAGAAAAGGUUCCAUCUCCUGCCUCCCUUCAGUGUCCCACGGUACCAGAGAUACCCAGUCGGGGAUGGAAGAUCUCACCAGUUAGGUGAUGCUCUCCACAACCACAGUGCUCUGUUCCUUGAGAACAGCUCUUGGAACAUACCUUUGUCUCAGGAGAGUCCUGGAUCUCCAAAUGCAUCUGAUCAACCACAAGGGAAAACAAGGAAGUUGAGCCUGGCCAGCACAAACAGUGAAAACUCAGGGUCAACAGAAAGCUUGCCAUCAGCAUACCUCACCAACAUUACUGCAAAGUGGUGGGGAACAAAACGAAUAGAUUAUUCCUUGUAUUGUCCAGAUGUGCUGACAGCCUUUCCAACUGUGGCCCUGCCGCAUCUCUUCCAUGCCAGCUACUGGGAAUCAACAGAUGUUGUGGCCUUCAUUUUAAGACAGGUGAUGAGGUAUGAAAAUGUAAAUUUCAAGGAAAAUGACAACUUGGAUCCAGCAACACUAAGUCCUUCCAAUCCACGAGAAAAAUGGCUACGCAAAAGGACACAUGUAAAAUUGAGAAAUGUGACUGCUAAUCACCGAGCUAAUGAUGUCAUUGCAGCAGAAGAUGGUCCUCAGGUACUAGUUGGACGCUUUAUGUAUGGACCUCUGGACAUGGUAGCUUUAACAGGUGAAAAGGUUGAUAUCUUCAUAAUGACUGAGCCAUCUUCGGGUAGGUGGGUGUACUUCGACACAGAGAUAUCCAACAGCAGUGGCCGGAUCUCCUACAACAUACCGAAGCAGAAGAGACUGAGAGUUGGCGUGUAUCCCAUCAAAAUGGUGGUCAGAGGGGACCAGAGUAGUGCUGCAAGUUACCUGACUGUGCUCCCCCGAGGAAUGGAAUGUGUUGUGUUCAGCAUUGAUGGUUCCUUUGCAGCAAGUGUUUCAAUUAUGGGAAGUGACCCCAAAGUCCGAGCUGGGGCCGUUGAUGUUGUCAGGCAUUGGCAGGACCUGGGAUAUCUGAUUAUCUAUAUCACUGGCCGUCCAGAUAUGCAAAAACAGCGUGUGGUUUCAUGGUUGUCUCAACACAACUUCCCACAAGGGAUGAUCUUCUUUUCAGAUGGACUUGUUCAUGAUCCACUGCGACAAAAGACCAUUUUUCUCCGGAAUCUCAUGCAAGAGUGCCACAUCAAAAUCUGUGCUGCAUAUGGUUCCAUGAAGGAUAUUUCUGUGUACAAUGUCUUGGCUCUGUCGCCAUCCCAGAUCUACAUAGUUGGACGAUCAACAAAGAAAUACCAGGCACAGUGUCAAUUCCUCAGUGAAGGUUAUGCAGCCCACUUGGCCUCGCUGGAGUUCAGUCUCCAUUCACGACCCAAAAAGAACAACUCUCGGAUGAUCUUGAGAAAAGGCAGCUUUGGCCUCCACUCCCAGCCUGAGUUUUUGCGCAAGAGAAACCAUCUUCGCAGGACUAUGUCUGUACAGCAACCUGACCCACCCUCUUCAAACCCCAAGCCAGAGCGUGCCCAGAGCCAGCCUGAAUCAGACAAAGAUCAUGACAGGCAUUUGCCCUCCAUCGCUUGGGUUCGAGGUGGAGUUCACAAAUUUGAAUCUAUCCCCUAGGAAGCUUGGAAAUACAGAUCUUGGGUGCACCCCAUUAAACUCGUAGGCAUGCCCCAGAGAUAAUACUUAGGCAGCUUCAAACUAAGAGAUGUAGAGGGGCACCUGUCCCUCGGAGUCUUCCCUGCUCUGGAAUCUGCCUUCUUACACCAACUGGGGAACUCCCAGUCUGUUCCUCUUGACGUGUUUAUUGGGAGAUUUUAAAACAAUCUAAAACUAUCGCAAGUGCUUAUAACAUCAAAGCAACAGAAAGUAUCUUUGGUUCUUUUUUACAACAGAUAUAUAAUAAAACGUGCAAUAAGAGAAAAAGCUGUAACAGGCUGAUACUACUCAGAAGGAGGAUUAUGGUAUCAGCUAACUAGCCGCACCCAAAACAGUAUAAACAGUAGGUCCCAUAGGUUACAGAGAAGGUUUACACUUGAAACAUUAAAUAGUUGUAUCUGUUUCCACUUCACCUUCAAUAAAGCGAUACACUUGCAAGGGAAGCAGAGGUGAGAACUACAGUAAUCCGUGGUCAGGAUUUGUAUAGCAAGACGCUUUUUGGGUGCCUUAAACCCAAGAUUUCCUUUCAUCUUACAGUGUUAGUCAACAGACCCCAACAUGGGCAGUCGUGAUUGUGAGGUGCUGGACAUGAAGUAAACAUGAGAACUCCACUUAUGAACCAAACCAUAAAAACUUCAUGUUAGAAAUAAAUGUGUCUGCCACAGUUUGAAGCAGUUAGUGUUGCUGUAUACAAAGUAAUGUGCAAGUGUACAAAGAUCAUGUUGUUUUGUGGAACCUGCUGACUGUACAAAAUGUGUGGACUGCUCUGAGUAAGGAGAUGGCUCUGACCAUCUCAGUCCGAGAGACAGAUCCUACCUAGGAUGGUAAGCUAAAGAGAGCUGUUUUACUAAGCGAUCUGCUAACUUCAGAGCAAUCACUUUUUUCAUUAUUCUAAGUAGAUUUUUUACACUGGAGGAGAAAAAAAGUAAUGGAAUUCCUGUGGAUAAAUUGUUUACCUUCUCACAUGUUAUAGCAACUGUUGUGUUAAGACAAUCUGUAGCAUUCAGAAUUACAGCAUUUGAUCUUCAAAGAAUGGACAUGACAAAUUACAGGUGCCGAAUAGAUGUUUUCCUACUGAUUUAAAUUUAUCUCAGAUCUCUCAGUGAAUUUACUAAAGUAAAAUGUGUGAAAUUUUCCCUAAGUGGUAAUAUUUCUGAAGUGUUGUGCGUAGUUUAACGUAGUAGCAGUUUGCAGAUUCUUCAUGCAGAUACUUCAACUGUGCUACAUUCACCAAGAGAACUUUCAUGACAGAACUGAAGCAUGUUUUAAAACCUGCAGUGAAGUUACAAGGGCAUGUAAAACCCUUUUCUUUAAAAGUUAAAACCAGACUAUUGACACUGAGAAGGCCUGAUGUCAAUAGAUUUGUUUUUCAGGGUUGGUUGGUAGGUUUUAAUGUCAUGGAGUUGGGGUAGAAAGGGUGUCAUGCCUCCCUUCACCCCUGCCCUUACUUUCAGGUUUUUCUAGUCUGUAGCUAGACUAGAAACAGUCUCUCAACAAGUCUGUUGGUUAAUUAUGUUGAAAGUUGGUAUGUAAAACAAACAAGGAAUGCAAUAGAAAACUAUUAAGGCAGUGCAGAAGUAAACUUAAGUCUGUACUCCCUAUUCACCCAGAAGUUUCAGUGUGCUUUUUGAAGGGCACAGUACUGUGGCUUUUGCCUUAAAAGGAAGCAAAGUAGCUUAUAAAUGCAGAUCUUUAUUUUUUUAGACAUUACUCGGCAAGAUUUUUGAUUACCCAGUUCAAACCUCCCGAAAGAUCUCUGGCACAUCAGUAGUCUGUUUUUCACAGUGCUUCCUUUAAGGGAGGGGGUAAUCUUCACUGAAGAUUUAGGAAAGAUAUUAAAAGUUUGGUAGCUCUCACUAAUUGGAAGCAGGUGACUACAUUACAGGGGGCUGGGUUUUUAUGCUCUUUUGCCAAGUCAACCAACUACAAAAGCUAAAUUAUAUCCACAAACUACGCUGAGGAAGUCUUCAGGUUUACAAGUGCUUUCCCAGUAGUAUCACACCUAGUUCUUUAGCCCACAAACUUGGAGGAAUUAUUCUGCUUUCUGUCUUGGCCCACCAUGUGUGUUAAUUUCUUCUCCUAUCCUCUGCAGCAGGAGGAGAUUGCACAGGUACACCAGACCCCAUCUCCCUCCAGUCAGCUCCUGCUUGUUAGUUUUAAAUAGACAUGGGAAUCCAAGGCUUGUGAGGGAGGAACUCACUAGGCAAAUUUUAAAUUUGCUGAGGGGACCUAAAAGCAACAUUGAUUGGUCACUAAGUUCUUUUUAAGCACUGGGUGUUGUGUAGCAUGUCUCCUGACAGUAAUCACUGUUCCUGCUGCAAAUUUCAAAGCUAAUGUUGCUUUAGCCAUCUACCUCUAUCAUCCAAGAGACUCCAAAAUCUGUUUUUCUUUUUAAGUUGCUGUAGUAGAAAGGCCUACUUUAUUUCAAAAGAGGGAUCUGUGCAUAAUUCUGUGACUGUAUUAAACGAACUAGUGUCUGAGCACAAGGUCAGAGAAAUCUCCUAGGUUGUUAAGGUCCAUCUUUUACUCUUGCAGACACAGUGUCAUUUUGCAGGGUACCAUGUCAUGAAAACUCUGAUUUUUGUGUAUUUCUAUUACUAACUGGGUCACCUUUACAGUAGUCGCCGUGCUGGCUUCUCUAAGAAUAUUAUGAGCUAUUCGUAGUAAAACAAAUGCGUAUGUGUGUGCAUGAUUUAAAGUGGCAACAAUUUCAAAGUGUCUACACAUGAUACUGACAUCAAGCUGAAAAUAUUUUCCUUAAUUUUGUUUCCUACUACAUAUGAGAGCUGAUGUGGUUUUUGCAUAAUUCCCACACUACUUACUGCUCAGGGAUGGAAUGGUUUAGCACCUGAUCACAUGCCUCCAGCUGUGCACUUUGGCAAACAGCGAUAGAGGUAUUAGCUUGGAGAUUAAGGCUUCAUGUUAAUUAGGAGCCAAUCUUCUGAAACGUCAGAUGCCAGAUGCAUUUGUUUUGAAAGCACUAGCCAGUUGCCACUGAAAUGGUAAAACAGCUUCUGUUAGAGUUGAGAAUAUGAACAAGAUAAAUGUGAUUUUAGACAUCUCACAAGCAGGCCAGCAGUUCAACAAAUAUUCUGUGUCAGUGGCUGGGGACCUCAUGCAUGUUAAGCCACCAGCUUUUUUUCUUUUUUUUUUUUUUCUCCCCUGCUAUGCUUGGGGUGAUCCCUGAGCAUAUCAUGAUGAAUCACUAGUUUUAUAGCAUAGUUUUGCAAUCAUGUUUUCUCUUACAUUUCCUGCUGGUCAGAAUUUUAGUUAUAUACUUUGUCCACAUGAAACUGCAUGCAAUGGUUCAUGGGCAUUCAGUUUGCAAUUGGAUUUCAGUUUUACUUGUGCUUUCACAGAAGGAUUAUCAGUCCUCCCAAGCAGGCCAUUUGCUGGGGGGUAAGCUUGAUCCUACAGUUUUCUUACUCUCUGAUUGCAAAUCCUCAUUGCUGCAGUCGGUGCAGUCAGCACUUACUUAAACAUUACAGGCUGUGGAAGUGUUAGAGCACACAGAGAGGGGAAGGGGACAGAGAAGUCAGGCAGGAAUGGUGGGUGACCAAGGAACACAGGUUAGACUAGUCAGUAGUUUCAGCACCUCUAGUGCCUCCAGUCUGUUACAGAAAAGCACAUUCUUUUAACCUGCAAAAUGGAGAAAGCAUAAGUGAAACUGUAAAACACAAAACUGGUAUUUCAGUAGGUGCUAAGGCAGCAGUACAAGUAAGUACAAAGUAGGCCACAGCUGGAAGCAUUUACUUCUUUGCCCUCUUGAUACGGAUCCAUUAAAUUGCUGUAAAAAAAUGGCUGUGAUUAAUAGCACUGGUAGACUUACCUGAGAUAUUGUGAAAACACACCUUCAUAACUGUGGUGUUUUGUUUUUGUGUGUGUGUAUAGCUACUGGAAGACACCUUAAGUGAAGUUUUGGUUCUGCUUUCACAGCAAAUUUGUAACCAAUACAAUUUUUUUU